AUGCUGGAACGGUACGGGCGCAUCCGCGAUGAGAUCAAGCGCGUGGGCGCCGUGUACGACCUGGUGUCUAAGCCAGCUACCCAUCGCCGGAUUAUCGCGCUGACAGAGAUUUUAACAGCAUAUGCAAGAAGCACCCUCAGCAUGAGCGCCGUGCGCGUCCUCUUCGGCAAGAUGGCGGAGAUGUUCCCCAUUACAAGUCCGUACAUGUCACCGGAUGCCGACAUCGUUCAUUCUCCGGUGUUUGAGAGCGCUGUUGUAAAGGUAAUCAUGUUGCGGCACGCAGCGCUGCUUUGCUCCGAUGAUGUCCCUUCGGAAGCUGGGCCACGCUACAGCCUUCUCGUCAGGGCGAUUCCAUGGACCAGUAACUGCUGCGAGAGUCACUUCUCGCAGUGCAAGCUUGUGAUGACGCCGCAGCGCUCGUCUCUCCUCCCUAUUAACUUCGAGAUGAUCGCGGUUUUGGUACUGGGACGCCCACAGUCCAAUGGGCAUUGA